ACUAGUGGAGUGAAGGCGUAUUUGGAGGGAUAACGAUAACACGCUCGUCCACUGUGGGCAAAAAGACACCACCGCCGCUGCAGACGCACAGCUCACUGACUGAAUGCAACCGGAGGGACCGCCGCGCGACUGGGAGGCGUAAAUGGCCAUAACAUUUCCAAAAAGACAGACGCUGCCCGUGAGACAACCUGUGUACCAAAUGCGUCCUGAAAAUUAGGACGCGUUUCUGCUAUAUGCAUUAGAGCCACCUUUUUUUUCGUACGACGGAAGUUUCUGUGACCGAUUUUUGGGGGAUCUUUCAUUUAUAGGCUGCAAACAUGGACGAGGACAACCAAGUACCUGAGGACCUGUCUUUGGAGGAAAGAGAUGAGCUGUCGAACAUACGCCGCAGGAAAAAAGAGCUUCUUGAUGAUAUUGAACGGCUGAAGUUUGAGAUUGCAGAGGUAAUGACUGAGAUCGAGCAGCUAACCUGUGUGGGUGAAAGUAAAACCACGCAAAGAAACAAACAGAUCGCCAUGGGGAGGAAGAAGUUCAACAUGGACCCUAAAAAGGGGAUCCAGUUUCUUCUUGAGAACGAUCUUCUCCAGAACACCCCAGAGGACAUCGCACAGUUCCUCUACAAAGGCGAGGGGCUUAACAAAACAGUCAUCGGGGACUACUUAGGGGAACGGGAUGAUUUUAACAUUAAAGUCCUCCAGGCGUUUGUGGAGCUUCAUGAGUUUGCAGACCUCAACCUCGUACAAGCCUUAAGGCAGUUUCUGUGGAGCUUCAGACUUCCUGGCGAAGCCCAGAAAAUUGAUCGUAUGAUGGAGGCAUUUGCCUCCAGGUACUGCCAAUGCAAUCCCGGCGUCUUCCAGUCCACAGACACCUGCUACGUCCUAUCAUUUGCCAUCAUUAUGCUGAACACAAGCCUGCACAAUCCCAACGUCAGAGACAAGCCCCCUGUGGAGCGCUUCAUCUCCAUGAACAGAGGGAUCAAUGAGGGGGGAGACCUCCCAGAGGAGCUACUCAGGAAUCUAUACGACAGCAUCAAGAGCGAACCCUUUAAGAUCCCUGAGGAUGAUGGAAAUGACCUGACGCACACAUUCUUCAACCCAGACAGAGAGGGCUGGCUGCUUAAAUUAGGGGGCCGAGUGAAAACCUGGAAGAGAAGAUGGUUUAUCUUGACUGACAACUGCCUCUACUACUUCGAAUACACAACAGACAAGGAGCCUCGUGGGAUCAUCCCACUGGAGAAUCUCAGCAUCAGGGAGGUGGAGGAGCCCAGGAAACCUAACUGUUUUGAGCUCUACAACCCAAAUCACAAGGGCCAGGUGAUCAAAGCCUGCAAGACGGAGGCAGAUGGGCGUGUUGUCGAGGGUAACCAUGUGGUAUACAGGAUAUCAGCGCCCACGCCGGAAGAGAAAGAGGAGUGGAUUAAAUCCAUCAAGGCCAGCAUUAGCAGAGACCCAUUCUACGAUAUGCUGGCCACCAGGAAGAGACGCAUCGCCAACAAGAAGUGAAGAGGGACAAUCUUCUCCAGCUUCUCCAUCUUUCUCUCCUUCAGUUCAUGAACACGUAAACCACAGACACACUCCAAAGCUGGUUCACCACAGAAAUUACUGUCAAAAAGACUUUGACCCCGAAGACAAACCUCGGUUUCUCCCCUGGACGUCUGUGUGCACUUGCUUGGGAGAUAUCACACAACUGAGGGAACAGCACAGCGCCAGCAAAACAGAAAAUACAUGGUUUGUUGCAUGGAGCGGCACAUGAACAACCAACCAGCCAGUUUGUUUCUCCUCCAUCUCAUAAACACCCCCUACCUCCCCCAUUCAUGGUCAUAACAUGUUUCUAGGUCUCCCUAAAGCACAACUGCCAUGUUUCAGGUGCACAUGCAUGCAUGUGGGUUAUUAUAGACCAAUAUGUUUGUGUUUGUAUGUGUGUGUGUGUGUGUGUGCGCGCACGCGCGCGCGCGUGUGUGUGCAGCAGUGUGCAUGCUAUCAACGCACACAGCAUCUACAGUGUUCCCUCCACUGUGCUUUAUGAAGAAGUUGUGAUUCAAAAUCGGAGUUCAGACAUAUGGUCAGCUUCACAGGGAGUAAAAGGUGAGGGUGAAUAGAGACGUUUAGAGGAAGUAAGGUAGGAAAAGUUGACAGAUGGACAUAUUUUGGAGGUGGUGGGUGAAUCAGUGCAACAUAAACUCACCUGGACCGUGUCGUCAUCUCACUCUGGUGCUGAAUUCUCCAGGUGCCAUGGCUGAAGCCCUGCUCAGAGUAACCUCAGAAAACAGCGCUGGCUUACAUUUAGGAUCCUAACAAGCAUUACAGUCUUAAGUCAGCUGGGCUGAUUUCAUUUAUUUGUGCAGAGCAGAGAAUUUUGAAAUGUGCAUACUUUUUUAGUUUAGUUGAGUAGAAAAGGGGCUUUUUUGACAAAGCUUGAGAUGAAACUUGCUUUUUGGACUUAAAGUUGUAAUCCUAAAGAUUUCAGUUCUUUUUGAUUCUGUGACUCAACCGUGUUUUAGGACGACGACAGCAAGUUUGGUGUUAUACUAUAGCAAACACUCCUUCAGCAGCCGUGAGUCAAUACUGCAACAGAACAGGAACCGUUAUACCUUUACAGUGCAGCCAAACAAACUUGCAUUGUUUUAAUUAAGAAGUCUGAUAAUUACAACAGUAAUGUGACAGUCUGUCACCUUCAGCUAACACUUCACUGUAGCUGCUCAUUCUCAUUAUGAGGAAAACGGAUUUUUUUUAAGCUAAAAAUGACCAUUGUCAUGUUUUGUACACGUGGUUAGUGCUAGCCUCAGUGACAAAUAAAAUUGAUUUCACUGAUAUCUUCACAGCAAAAGCUAACCAGUGUUUCACAAUUGAAUGCUUUUAAUUUGGAAUGUUAAGUUUGCAUUUAGAAGUAACUUAAUACAGCUCCAACACAGCGGAGUGUGCAUGCAUAGUUUGCUGUGAACCUCUUGCACAGGCGAAGGAGGAGUGGCGGACUCCACCACUACCAGUGCAAACUAACAUUUGGAUAGGUAUCGCCACAAUGCACAUACAUUAAAAGGCUAUUUCAGAGUGAAUGCUGAGCCUUAAAUAGUGUCAAACACAUGGUUUGAUUUCAUAAAGAUCUUAAGGAUUUACACUUAAAACAGUCCACAGGGCAGGUUUUAUUUAUGGCCGUGCAAUGGCCCAAGAGGGUACCAGUCCGAUUAAGCUUUUUUUUCUCUUGUGUAUGGCCUAUGUCAGUGAAGGUCGAUGUAUUGUUGUGAUCCUGUUUGCAUUUGGUUUGUAUUCCUAAAGAACCCUUGCUUGCUUUUGUGUUUCUCUUUUUAAAAAAGUAUAUAAAUAUAACCAACUAUCAUUUUUGUAUUUAUUUUCAUUUGUGAAAUGGUUUAAUACUACCUGUAAAUGUUAAACAAUGUAUGCUUAAGUUAUGUAUGUAUAUAUAAUGUAUAGGUUUUCUGGUCUCUUUGUUGUAGUAUGCACACUCUGUGUAACAUGUUUGAGCCUACAGGCAGACGUUUUGCAUCAGCUGAAGUUUAGGGUCUUCUUUACAAAAGCCUUAAACAUAAUCAUAAGAAAACAUGAUGAGGAUGAUGGGGAUGAUGAUACUGGUCAAUAACUGUGAUGACGCUCUUUAAAAAGCCAUGACGGACGAGUGAGAAAGAUGGUUGUUUUUUAUGAUGAUGAUAAAGAUUAUAGUGAAAAUGAUGUUUGAUGUUGAUGAUGAUGAUUAUAGUGAAGUAAUAUUAGUUAUGAUGAUGAUGAUGAUGAUGAUGAUUCUAUCAUUAAUGAUGAUGUCAAAAACUAUAAACACCAGUAGUUUUCUAUGUGAUUGUAAAAUAAAAUGAAAGCCUUGUGGUCAAGGCAGAAUAUUAUCUUCUACUGCCCUGUGUGGGCUUAUAGUUACAUUAACUUUUAUAUUCUCUGUAAAAGCUAUCGGUCACGUUGUACAUUACGUGUAUCUAUAUAAAGUAUACAUGAAGCGUA